AUGCCUGCUGAAGCCUACGAGUAUUGGGUGUCUCUGGCAACCCGCGUGGUAAAGGCAUUACUCAGGGCCCUAAAAUAUUUUUUACAUAAUGAUCAGCAGCAGGAGAUGGGGCUACGAAUUUUGUGUCUACUUGCCGCUGCCCCUUUCAAGGUGUUUACAGCUGCAGUGGCUCCUUUACUCUCUGGUACCUUGCUGGAGUUACUCACUGAGCCGCAAUAUCUACCGCAUGUACUAGGUCAUUCACUCUUAGGGAUGCUAUUAAACGCACUGUGCACAAUGGCAACUGCAUGUGGUCAUCCCCUUGUGCAGCAGCAAACGAGGAAAGCACUAUCGACUAUAGUGAAACAGGAGCGUUAUAGCAUUCUGCAAGAUGGUGAGAAUGUUGUACAUGCCUUGGUAAUUUGUGCCCUUGCGUUACCAGGUGAACGCGAAGUAGCCGUCAGAGCAGGAGUGCAUUCAAGUGAGCCAGUUCAAGAUGAGCCUUUGGAAAGUCUUGGGGAUAACCUUACCAUUAUUUGUCGUCGUCUAGUCGCCAUUCAUGUUUUAGGAGGCACCACGAAUGAGGAUGCGGAGUGGCAUCGUGGGUGGAUUGCUUCACUCCGUGGUCUCUGUGCCUUGGUAGUGUUAUCGCGCCAGUACCGCGAUAGAAGUGAAGCUCUGUUAUGCCUGCAGCGUUGCUUGCUAGACUCGGAUAUUGAACAACUACCCGUCACGGCCAUUUCUAUGCUUUACGAAGAUAUUGUUUUUCCACUUACUGAACAAAUUUGUGCUCCAUCCCCUACGGUGGCAUCCACGCCGUCAGAGAGUGGUCGGACGCCUGAUGAUGUUGCCGUGAAUCCGACUUUACCCCAUACGUUUGUGACAAGUCUUUUGAGCUCAUUUGCACCACAACCGACAACAAAGUCUGGGAUAGGGGGUUUGGCAGGCCCAUCCAAUUCUACGAAGGAAAGAAAUCAACAGGUUGCUAUUGAUUUGAAGUGUCGUGUUGUUGGUCUACUGCCCAAAGUCUUUUUGCAUUACGUGAAAUCCCUUGGGGAAACGCCAGAGGUGUUACAAGAACUGUGGCAACGUAUCUUGGGUACUCUUUAUGCUCUUUACACCACUCCGACACAGAAUGCCUCUAAUACCAUGCCGUCUGAUGCCCAAGACACGAAAUGGAUGGGGCGCGGAGGCGGUGUGACGGAGGACGAGGUCGUCCUGCGUGAGGCGAUUCAAGAAACGGUAAAAAAUAUGAUUUACGUGCUUGCAGCGACCCUCUCUGAACCUGCGUGUGAAAAGGCCAUGCAACAGACCCCAUAUUUCUGGACAUCCACCAAGAAUUUGUUGCGUACCUUUGAUUUUGCUGAGCCUCUUCUUGCCUACAUUGAUACGCUUGAUCAUUGA